AAGUAUGUAUGGAAGGUCCAGAAACCAAUGGCCAAUUCCAGAUAACUGGGAUUCAAAAACAUUUCGGCUCUUAUGCUGUCUCACAGAGACCUGCUUUAUUGGUCUUACACUUCAACCUAAGACCUAAAAUACUCCAGCUGUGA